AUGUUUCAAAGUUCCCUUAAUCGAGUAGUAGUAGUGAUCAACACUUUGGAAAUUUUAAUCAUCACGUGCAUACUCGUUAUUUUGAUGGUUGGAUGGACUUCUCAUGGAGUAGUAGAAGGGAUCACCAAUAAUAAUAAUAAUAAUAAUACUGAUGAAGAUACUCCCUUACUGUUUCGAUUUGCGGAUUCAAUAGAGUUGAGUGAACAGGAGAAAAUCAAAACAGCCUAUUUGGAAGAUGUAGUUCGGAGGGCCGUUGCACUUAAGGUUGAGGCUGCGUUGAGAAACAGUACAGAGAGAGUGAUCCGAACGGAAGAUCCAUUCGGGCGUAAAUAUCUGGUUGAGACUCCAGAGAAUGGUUUUCUUCAGAGCCUUACUGACCACAAUCAUAACGUCCAAGUGCUCAAUGUUGCAAAAUUACAGAUUGAUCCGAACUCUCCCUAUGUCAAAGAAGCGAUGGAAUUGGACGUAUUGUUCUCCUCUCUGGAACGAUAUUUAGGAACAAAACAAACGUCCUCAAUGUUUGCUUUUCAUUUGUAUGAAAGCGAAUUGAUACAAUCACAAGUUGAAGUUGAAGAGGCUACCAAACUGUUCAUCCGAUUCAAGAAGGAAUUUGAGGAGGCUGAUGCAAAGUUUGAAAAGAAGAAAACACUUUUUGAAGCUCAACAACAAGCUUACAUGCCAAUAUUUAAAUCCUAUCAUCAAAAGGUAUCCGAGUUCAAUGACAUUGUGGAAAAGUACAAUGAAAAUAUCCAACUCAUUGAAGAGCAAAUUGAAAAGUUAGAAAUUGAAAGUCAAAUUGUAAUUGAAUAA